AUGGAGUCUUUUUUUGAGCAUUGUGUCCCUGACAUACGCUCGCAGGCGACAAGCCUCAUCUUCAUUGCAGACAGGCUGCUUCACGAAGCACAAACUCAAUGGAGUCUUUUUUCGAGCAUUGUGUCCCUGACAUACGCUCGUGGGCGACAAGCCUCAUCUCCAUUGCAGACAGGCUGCUUCACGAAGCACAAACUCAAUGGAGUCUUUUUCGAGCAUUGUGUCCCUGACAUACGCUCGCAGGCGACGAGCCUCAUCUUCAUUGUAGAUAGGCUACUUCAUGAAGCACAAACUCAAUGGCGUCUUUUUUUCGAGCAUUGUGUCCCUGACAUACGCUCGCAGGCGACAAGCCUCAUCUCCAUUGCAGACGGGUUGCUUCACGAAGCACAAACUCAAUGGAGUCUUUUUUCGAGCAUUGUGUCCCUGACAUACGCUCGUAGGUGA